CUGCGGGCUCCUGCCGCGAAGUUUGCGGGCGGGAGGAGGAGGAGGAGGAGGAGGGAGCCGCGGCGGGACUGCAGCAGCCGCGCUGGAGAUGCCGCUGAGGAGCCUCCUGCCAGUGGCGGGGCUGCGGCAGCGCCGCUGAACCCGCGCUGGCCGCCGGGGCCCCUCGUCCUCCGGGGACGGAAGGGACCGAGCCGGCCGCUCCGCGCCACUGAGGGGGUUCGCCUCUCCCCAGCGUCCGGAUCCGGCUCCUCGGGGGUUCUGCCCUUCGCUGCCGCCGGGGCUGCGGUCGUGCAGCCCUGCCCCGCUCCCGGCCCCGCCGCUGCCGCCCGCCCCCCCGCGCCGGCCGGGCGGGUCGGUGCCCGCUGCCCCCGCAGCCCCCACGGCUGCAUGCCCGCCGCGGUCUCGGCACGUCUGGAUUCGGUGGAGUCCUGGGCCUUCCAUGCGCUGCUGGUGCUGCCCUAUAUGUUUUACGUGGGCUUGUUCUUUGUCAACGUGCUGAUCCUGUACUAUGCCUUCCUGAUGGAGUACAUCGUCCUCAAUGUAGGCAUCGUCUUCCUGCCCGAGGAUAUGGACCAGGCUCUGGUGGAUCUGGGGAUGCUCUCCGACCCUGGUUCCGUGCUCUACGAGACGGACAGCGAGCUGGAUGUCUUUGACGGGUACUUGGAGUGACGCCCCGGGAUGCCCUCGCUGCGUCCCGGCUCUGCCUGCGCAGCAUCUUCCCUUCCGAAUGACACCCUUCCCGCCCGGUGCAGGGGCCAGAGGGGCAGCCGGGACCCGCUGCCACCGGGCAGGCCCGCGGAGACCUCGACAGGGAAAUGCAUUAAACACCUGACAUGGAUUAUGACCAGGAUAAUGGAUCAAGUCCUGGAAAGAAACUGUACUCUGAAAUGGGGAGAUGGAAAUAAGGACAAGAGAAGAACAAGAAGAGUUGUCAUCAGACCUUGUCAGUUGUGACUUCUCUUCAAGGUCUUGCCUCUUGAGGGUGCACUAACUGCAGUGACUCGUGCACCAUGCUGGGCUUCCAUGGGUAAUUCUGGGAUGGACUGUAUCAAAAAUAAGAUAAACUACGUUCCAUUAUAACAGAAAAUCAAGAUGUUACUCAGAUUUGAUAAACUUUUGAAUAAAUACCAUGUCACCCAAGUGGACACGCUCUACAUAUAGCUUAAGAGGGUUUUACAAUCACACAUUGAAAACUCUACCAGCCAGUAGCUCAAAGGCAGUGCUUUCUCAGGGGAUAAUAUGCAGGAGUGACUGCAAGGAGGUUCUGUUCAGGGAGUAUAACGGCAAGAACUGUGCUAGGAAGAUAUUUUAUUUAAAUUGUGAGUUUUGAAAUAGAUCAGAGAGUGAAUUUUAUAUGUCAGAUGGAUUCAUUAUCUAACACAGAAUACUUGGCAGAUUGUUUAAGCUCAUGUUCCUAUGUACAGAUGUGAAAGCAAUACAAUAAAGACUGAUCUUUUCCAUGAAAAAUUA